CUAUAAAUUCGUUGCUUUCCCUUCACUCCCAAGUCCCACACCUCACAUGCACUAUAGUUGAAACCUUGAAAAAAAAAGUUGUUCUAAUUUUGUUUUCCGGGACCAAUUAGAUCCACCGAAGAAUCAUAUUUUCCCAAGAGAAAAGCGAGUUCUAGGUGAUCCAAAAUCAUGGGAAAUUGCAUGGAGACAUGCAACACAUGGCAACAAGCAAAGGAAAUGCUACAGCAGCAUCAGCAGCAGCAGCAGCAGCAGCAGCAGCAAGGUGAUCAAAGAGAGAGAGCAUUUCCUUUUGUGCAGGAAAGUAGUUUUGGGAAAAGUGGCAUAAGGGUUAAGAUUGUACUAACAAAGGAGGAGCUAGAGUGGUUGAUGCUUCAGCUGAAAGACAAAGAAGGAAAGAGUUUGGAAGAUGUUUUCAGGGAAAUUGAAAAAGGAAGAGAAAAAGCUGAUCAGGGAUGGAAGCCUUCUUUGGAGAGUAUCAUGGAGACUCCUGAAGUCCAUGAUAUGGAAAGAUGAGUUUCUAUUUUCAAAUUGCAGCCUUUCUUUCUUUGAUAUGUAUUAUGAUCCAAUUUUGUAAUUAAAUCUUUCUUUACUAGACAACCUUAUAGCAGUUGAUGAGAUAAAUAUUUAAGUACUUCAACUGCAAUCUUCUUCUUCUUCUUCAUAGUUCGUGAGAUUUUUCUUUUCUAAUCUGGAUGAUGACUCUUGAAUUUAGGUAACAGUUCAUUUGAAUGUAAUUUUUUACUGAAAGUUUAUUUGUUGAGUA